CAACCGUAACAUGGCCGCGGCACGUCACCGGCGCUGCUAUGGCGACGGGCGUCUCGAGCUGUGCAGGGGCGGGGCCGGUGGCUGCAUUGUAUAUAAAGAGGUCACAGGGCGCGCGGGGUGUGUAUGUGUGCGUGAGGAAUCCGGUUUGGGAGAAAUUAGAUGUGUAGAAUGGACGUGGAGACCCUGCGCCGAUCCCUUGCCGAGGCCGGGCAGAGCCAUGUGCUGCAGUUCUGGGAGGAGCUCUCUGAAGCCCAGCGCUCUCACCUCCUGGAGGAGAUACAGGGCUUGAGCCUUCAGGAACUGAACGGCUUCUUUACCAAAGCAAUGGCCGCCUUCUCCGUAUCUUCUACGCAAGAAAAAGUGGACGCACGGAUGGAGGCCGUGCCCAGAGAAGUCCUGGGCAGCGUCACAAGGGAUCAAGAACAUCUGAAGGAUUGGGAGGCUGAAGGUUUUACCCAUAUUGCAGACGGUAAAGUGGCGGUUCUUUUGCUAGCUGGUGGGCAGGGAACCCGACUGGGGGUGACGUUCCCCAAGGGUAUGUAUGACGUGGGCCUUCCUUCACACAAAAGCCUCUUCCAGAUCCAGGCCGAACGCAUCUUGAAAUUGCAGAGGCUGGCGAAGGAGAAACACGGGAAGGACUGUAUCAUCCCAUGGUACAUCAUGACGAGCGGCCGCACUAUGGAAUCCACUCGGGAAUUCUUCCAGAAGCAUAGUCAUUUUGGGCUCAGUGAAGAAAACAUUGUACUUUUUCAACAAGGAAUGUUGCCAGCCAUGAGUUUUGAUGGGAAGAUCCUUAUGGAGGAAAAGGGCAAGCUGUCCAUGGCUCCAGAUGGUAAUGGAGGACUGUACAGAGCUUUGGGUGCACACGGAGUGCUGAAAGAUAUGGAAGAACGCGGCAUUGAGUACAUCCAUGUCUACUGUGUAGACAACAUCCUGGUGAAGGUGGCCGAUCCGGUGUUUAUCGGCCUCUGUGUGGCUAAGGAAGCAGACUGCGGGGCCAAGGUUGUGGAGAAGAUGAACCCCACUGAGCCUGUGGGUGUUGUCUGCCGUGUGGACGGCUUGUACCAGGUGGUGGAGUACAGCGAGAUCACCCUGGCCACGGCUCAGAAAAGGAGUGCAGAUGGAAGACUAAUGUACAACGCAGGCAACAUCGCCAACCACUUCUUCACCAGGAAGUUCCUGCAGCAGGUGGUGGAGGUCCACGAGCCCCAGCUGCAGCAUCAUGUCGCUGUGAAGAAAAUCCCUCAUAUAGACGCUCGGGGUUCACUUGUUCACCCUGAGAAACCAAAUGGGAUCAAAAUGGAGAAGUUUGUGUUUGACAUCUUCCAGUUUACAAAGAAGUUUGUGGUGUAUGAGGUCCUCCGCGAGGAAGAGGUUCUCACCGCUGAAAAAUGCCGACAGCCAAAAUGGAAAGGACAACCCCAGUACGGCGCGGCACGCGCUCAUGUCUGUACAUCACUGCUGGGUUCUCACGCAGGGGGGCACUUUGUGGAUGAGAAUGGCACCCGGAUUCCCAUGAAGGACGCAGGUGACCUGCCGAUCCAAUGCGAGAUCUCUCCGCUCGUUUCCUAUGCUGGAGAGGGUCUGGAGCCGUACGUCCAGGGCCAGGAGUUCCACGCCCCGCUUACAAUAGACGAGAGCGGAGUUCAUCAGUCGGUGAGGAACGGCGUGUGUCCCUAGAGGCGUCCGCAGGCUUAACCCAUUCCUGCUCGAAUAGGAAUAUUUAAGUUGGGGGGGGGGGGAGGACUCCGGUGACUGAAGGGUACUUGAACUUAUUUACAUGGGUCUUCCUGCUCUGUCUCUGCCAAUUAUGGACUUCAGACAUUUUUAGCCAAGGUUUUUAAAAUGCCAAAAAAAUAUGUAAGAAAUAUUUAUAGCGGGCGCCGUAUGAAGGGAAAUAUUAACUAUUUUUUUAAAUUUGUACAUAGUAAUGUACAUUCAGAAUUUUAUUGUAAUGUAUUAUCUUUUACUGUUCUGUCUUUUUUUUGUUUAAUUUUGGAUGGGAUCAGGGUAUUUCUUUAUUAAAAAUAAAAUUAUAAACUGUAGAGG